AGGGGGGUUAAAUCUCGCGAGAGUGCGCGAGCGCGCCAGGAGGCGGUUGGUGGCGCGCCGGCUUGCUUUCCUCGCUCCUGCCUUCCUUCAGGCCUCGUCGGCGGGCUUUUUUUUUUUCCCUCAGGGCCGUCAUGUCUCGCUACCUGCGGCCUCCCAACACCUCGCUGUUCGUCCGCAACGUUGCCGAUGACACCAGGUGCGUGUCUGAAGACUUGCGUCGUGAAUUUGGUCGUUAUGGUCCAAUAGUUGAUGUGUACGUACCUUUGGAUUUCUACACUCGUCGUCCAAGAGGCUUUGCUUAUGUUCAAUAUCCUUUCCUCAGAUGGCUGAUUAGUGAGGGGUGUUGACGUUUGAAAUUCACGUUUGUGUAUGAGAGUGUAAAGCUGUACAGUAAUGGCGACCCCAAAGAGAAAGCAUGAAAGAACCUUUAGAGUAGAGUUCAAGAAUUAAGGCAAGUAGACAAGCCAAAGACCUCUUAAGGAUCAGGCUUGAAGAGGAGGGAAAGUUUGGGAAAAGAAAAGAUAAAGAAAAGCUGGAAGAAGGACAAGCCAUAAUGAGAGACAAAGCUUCGCUUUAUCUGCAAAUGGGGGAAAAGGUGGUUUUUCAAAGUAUAAAGAUAAAGCCCAUCUGUCAUUUUUGACCAAGCAUCUCAUGACAAGUCCUUCUAACAAGCACUUAAAGAGUUAAAGGUCAAGAUGAAGUUGACUGGUGGCCAAGAUAAAAGGAGCCAUACCUCAUGUAUCCUACAGAAUAAGAACUGUCCUCUUGCUGUCUCUAACAUGCCAAAAAGUGACGACAAGUUGGUAAACAAGGGUGUGAUGACAUACUGGAAAAACCAAAGCUUGCUAACUGUGUAGAUGUAAAUACCUCAGAUUCCCAAGUACCUUAACAUCUAGCACAUUUGAAGACGUCCGUGAUGCUGAGGAUGCCUUUCAUAAUUUGGACCGGAAAUGGAUUUGUGGCCGCCAAAUAGAAAUCCAGUUUGCUCAAGGAGACCGGAAAACACCAAACCAAAUGAAAGCAAAAGAAGGAAGAAACGUAUACAGCUCUUCCCGCUACGAUGACUAUGACAGAUACAGGCGUUCUAGAAGCCGCAGUUACGAAAGGAGGAGGUCAAGAAGCCGUUCUUUUGACUACAGCUAUCGCAGAUCUUAUAGCCCUAGAAACAAUAGACCUGCUGGAAGACGCCGCCGUAGCAGAAGUCGUUCAGAUAAUGAUAGGUUCAGACACCGUAACAGGUCUUUUUCAAGGUCAAAGUCCAAUUCAAGAUCACGCUCUAAGUCACCACCCAAAAACGAAAUGAAGGCUAAGUCACGUUCUAGGUCUGCGUCUCGCACUAAAUCUAGAGGCACCUCUAAAAUGGAUUCUAAGACACAAUAUAAAUCCAGCUCAAGAUAUGAAAAAGAACCAAGGAAAAAAGAACCAGCUAGAUCCAAAUCUCAGUCGAGAUCGCAUUCUAGAUCUAGAUCAAAAUCCAGAUCCCGGUCCUAGGCUAGUCCCAAAUGCAGUGGCCACUAACCAUGUACAUUGUUUUUUAGGCAUGUAUUAUUAUAGAGUUACACAGUUGAGUUACGAUGUUGCAACAUUGCUUUAAAAUAUUUUUGUCACCCCUGUAGGAGUCUAUUACUAUUAAAAUACAGUAUUAAAAAUCUUACACAAGAGUCCAUCUUCUUAAAUGUAAUGGGCAGCUAUGAGGUCCUUGUGGUGUUUCUAUGUAUAUUUUUGUAAAAGACUUGCAUUUUUAUGCUUCAGGCAUCUACGGUACCUUGGCUUUCAUCCUCAUUGACCCCAUUGUCCUAACAACAUCAUCAUUAAAGGAUAACUAGUCCCUAUGUAAUAUGUCCAGUAAUCCCCUGCAGCUGGAAAACUGAGCAGCUAUUAUGCAGCCGUGACUGCUGUGAAAUAUAGAUGAGCUACUUGAAUGAAGGAGGGAAGGGUUUGCCAUCCCGACUUGAGCCAAGAUGGCCUGCUCACAGGAUAUUGUAACAUGGAAUUGGGUACUCGUUGAUAUUGCUGAAGUUAUGGUUCUGGUAGUGUUAGAAUGGAGCAAAAAAAAAGGCCAUAUCGAAAGCUUAUUGUGAAUUUUGUCAGGAAUACAGGUGCUUCCUUUAGACAAAUCUCUUAACCCUUGAAGGCUAAAAUAUUCACUUAUAAAUUAAGUAAAUGUGAAUACAUUGUAUUCUGUGUAACAUAGGUUUUAGCAAGCAGUUGAUCACAAAUUUCUUAGGUUUUCUUAUUAUAUUAAGUGCAGAUGAAACAUGAUAGUGUCUGCAGUAAAUAGAAAUAUACUUUGAUAUUUGGUUGCUUGUGUAUUCAUAAACUCCAAGCAUAAUGGACAAUUUGAGUUCAUACAUCAGGGCCUAUCAUAGGUUGAACAAGAUUCUGUUCAGGAAGAUUACCAAAAAAAAUAAUGCUCCAGUUACAGUAUCACGUGUCUUCUGAGUUUACACUGAAUGUGAAGAGCUGCUGCUUUUCCUUUUGGCUUUAUAAAUGCGAAAAGUUGCCAUGGCAUAUCUGAAAGUAUUCUUGAGAAAGUUGUAUUAGUUUUUCUCUUGAAACAUUGAUGCCAAUAUCAAAAUAUUUUUUUGCUUCUGUUCACUAGAAUUGAGUGUUGGUUUCUGUAUAAAAUUUAAGUUUUAUUAACUCCAGCCAACCACAUAAGAAUAAAGGUGGCUUUUUCAAUUCUAGUUGUGGGAAAUGCCUAAAGAGGGUUGAUUCUAGGACCUUUGUAUAUUUGAUAAUAUUUCUAACUUUCGUUUCAUGUUUAAUGUUAGUGUUCCUGCUAUGCAAUCACUUACAUAUUGUGUUCUUUACUUUUUUGUAGACGUCUCCCUGAUGUAUAGUUGAAAACAAACUGUACAAUUGUAGCAUUUCUGUGCAGCUCUGGUCAGAAGAAAGUUGUGGAAAUAAACUUUGUAUUUCCUUUCUUAUAGAGGCUUCUAAAGGGGUAUUUUUAUAUGUUCUUUUAAAAAUAUUGUGUACUGCUUUAAAACAUCAAUUGUUUGAAUCAAGGAAGAACUAGUUUAUUUUGCUUGCUGUAAAUUUGGCAAACAUGCUACAAUAAACAUAAGGAAUAGAAACUCUAAA